AUGAACCGUGGACCGUCGUUUAUCACUGAAUGUAUUUUGACAAGAAGUUGUCCAAAUGCAGACAAAUUAUUGGAUGAGAAUAGACUGCAAGAUUCCUUAUUGUUGUUGCCUACCGACGGCGGACUGGCGUCGAAACUAAAGAAAUCAAAUAACAAACUGAGGCUACUUGCAGAGUCUGAGACCAAACCAGCACCACAUAGAGGAUACAGAGAAAUUAACAAAAAUGCCAAAACUGCUCUAAAAGAAUACAUCAAUAAAAGUCGACAAGCGGCCCGACAAGCUCGUCGCAUCGCCAGCGAGGAAAACCUGUCGAGUAAAGACGCACUUUUUGAAAACCUCGAAAAAAGCCAUUUGGAGAUAUACAAUGCUAUACCCAGAUAUGAUCGGUUUGUUCCUAUGCAUGAGGACCUUUGGGUGAACUACAUACGAGAAAUUUUGAAUAUUCCAGCAACGGUACCGAAUGCCUCGAAAUUGAACAUCAAUGGGUCCAACGCGCUCGUCAAACUGUCUAUGGCCGAUUACAACGGGUGCCUAUUACGUGUGACGAAAAGUCGCAAUGCCAACAUGUGUGGCAUCGUCGGAAUAGUGAUAUGGGACUCUCAGAAGGAUUUCGUAAUAAUCUGUAAGGGUGCGCUCGUGGACGAGAUAAAGUGCAUACCGAAAAAGGGUACUGUGUUCAGCUUCGAGGUUCCCGUCAACGACGAAGAGGCUUUACAAUACACCAUUCUUGGCGACAGGUUCAAGUACAGAAGCAGUGAUCGUGCAGGGCGAAAGUUCAAGAGCCGGCGCUGCGACGACAUGCUAUACUACAUAGAGAAGUAG